AAAGAAUAAAGUCAAAAACUUUACUCUUCAUAGGAUCAUCCAAUAACAAAAUCCAUUUAGUUGGGUCCAUUGUUGCUAUCAAAAUCCCCAAACCCUACACCAUAACCCAAACACUUCACCUCCCAAGUUCCCAAUGGCCUCUCACUACCACCACCCUCACCCUCACCCUCACCACCACCAAAACCACCCUCCCAUCACCACUUGCUGCUGCACCACCUCCUACUCCUCCUGCCACUGCACCCAAUCCCACCACCCUUACCCUCCACCACACCCACCUCAACCAUCCCCAGACCCACUUCUCCAAGCCAUUGCCUCUCAACUCCUCAUUUCUAAUCCCCCAGAUCCCUACCUCCAUCCCCACCAAAACCCUCACAAAACCCACAAAUCCCAACACCCAAAACACCGUUCCCACAUUCAAGAACAGCAAGAACAACAACUUCACUCUCUUCUUUCCAGAAUCGAAGCCCUAGAAGCUUCUCUACACCACCACUCUGCCAAUCGCGCUCGGUCUUCGGAUUCUUACUCUCUCAGAGACUAUGCUGCUCGGGUUAUUCAGACCCAUUUCCGGGCCUUCCUUGUUCGCCGAUCAAGGACUCUCCGGCAGCUCAAAGACCUCGCCUUUAUCAAGUCCUCUUUCGCCUCUCUCAAGUCUUCGGUUUCGAACCAGACCCACUUCGACUUUCACUCCGUUUCUCAGAAAGCACUCGCUUUGCUUACCAAGCUCGACUCUAUUCAGUGUGGUGAUUCGAUUGUUAGAGAUGGGAAGAGGUCUAUAAGUAGAGAUUUAGUUCGGUUCUUAGAGUUUAUCGAAGGGGUUGUUGUGAAAAGGCAGGCGAUUUGCUUGAAACCAGUGAAGAAUGUGAGGUCGAAUGUGAGGUCUGUUCAAAAUGUGAAUAAGUCUAGGGGUUUGGGUAACAAAUGUGGAGGUUUGGGGAGGGAUCAGAGGGAGAUGAUUGGGAAAUUGAAGGAGAGGAUUGAGAAGAUUCGCGGGUUUGCUAGAGUUUCAGAGAAUGAUGAGGAGGAUGUGGAGCUGGAAGGGUUUCAACAUGUCAGUGAUGAUGAUGAAGAAAGUGUAGGUCAAUAUCGGAAUGGGGCAGCGGUGAAGAGGCAUGGGUUUCAACCUAAGGUGAAGAAGAGUGUGAGCUUUGCAGAGGAUGGGAAUGUGUUUAGGGUCUUUAGCAACAGCGAUGAGGCUACGUCAAGUGGGGAUGGGAGUGAUUCCGGGGAUGGGAGUGAUUCCGGAGAGCGUGUUGAGAACUGUAGUGAAGUUGAGGAUGUUAAGGGCUUUGCUCAGGAGACUGAGGAUGAUGAUGAGGUGCACUUAGAAAAUGGCGGAUCACCGCAGACCAGUGAUGCAGAAAGAAACCCUAGAGCCAGAAUGACUCAGAGAAGAGGCCAUGGUCAGGGUCAGAAUGAGCAUUUGUUGUUCUCCCCUCCUUUGCCUGUGAAGAUGGAUUCUAAAGAUGUGGUGAAAAUAAACAAGGGUGUAAAGAUUGUGACAUGAAGGGUGUAACCUGAGUUCAUUUAGGUUCUACAAAGUUUUUGUGGCAAUUGGGAUUGAUAUUUGGUCCUUUCUGUUCCACUUGUGUCAUUCUAACCAUUUAGAAAUUACCGUCAAAUAGGUUUGUAGUGUGUGUUUUACCCCGCCUCUUUGCUGUUGAGGGUUUACCAAAAUCUAUUGUGUAACUUUCCGCCGAAGAUUGUAAUGUUUAUUGAUUUUGUUUAAGUUUUUUUUGUUCCU